ACUCCUAAGAAUAUCUCAGAAAACCCUAGGAAUCAAUAUAUUUGUAAAGACUGCUCAUCCAAGGUAUUUGUAAUAGUCGAGAACACAGAGGCAGCUUAGUGAGUUGGUGCGAAGAUGAGUCGAGGAGCAGCAGCGGGACCCAAGGGGAAGAAGAAAGGAGCGUCCUUCACCAUCGACUGCUCUAAGCCGGUCGAAGAUAAGAUCAUGGAUAUCUCCUCACUGGAAAAGUUCCUCCAGGAAAGGAUCAAGGUCGGCGGCAAAGCAGGUGCUCUUGGCGACUCCGUCACUGUCACCCGCGAGAAGAGCAAAAUCACUGUUUCCUCCGACUCCAACUUCUCCAAGCGGUAUCUUAAGUACUUGACAAAGAAGUACUUGAAGAAGCACAAUGUCCGUGAUUGGCUUCGAGUGAUUGCUUCUAACAAGGAUCGUAAUGUCUACGAACUACGGUACUUCAAUAUUGCUGAGAACGAGGGUGAGGAAGAAGAGUGAAGAUCGGUUCAGCUUUUCCUCUAAUCACCUGUUUGAUAUGUUUGUUAUGAAGAACCUCGUUUAUCAUCCUUGUUUUUAUUGUUUUCUCCGAUCCUUACUCUGUUUUUCAGUGAAGUUUUGGGUGCUAGAAGUAAAAACAUUAAGUUGAUGUAUUGGUCUAUUAGAUGUUAUAAAAAGGAUAUGCAUAUUUCUCCAA